AUGGGUGAAUUGCAGUCAGCGCUUCUUCUCAGAAAACAACUUGCAGAAUUAAAACGAGUUCCUGUUGAUGGAUUUUCAGCAGGUCUUCAAGGUGAUGACAUCUACAAAUGGGAAGUGCUUGUUAUUGGGCCGCCUGACACGCUUUACGAAGGAGGAUUCUUUAAAGCGCUUCUGGAAUUUCCCAAGGAAUACCCAUUGUUGCCGCCAAAGAUGAAGUUCAUUUCUGAAAUUUGGCAUCCGAACAUUGACAAGGAAGGCAAUGUUUGCAUAUCGAUAUUGCACGAACCAGGAGAUGAUCGAUGGGGUUACGAGAAGCCAGAAGAAAGGUGGUUACCUGUGCAUACCGUAGAAACAAUUCUUCUUUCUGUUAUAUCGAUGCUUGCAGAUCCAAAUCACGAUUCACCUGCAAAUGUUGAUGCCGCGAAGAUGCAACGCGAGAAUUUUGCUGAAUUCAAGAAACGUGUAGCAGCCUGCGUUCGAAAGAGUCAAGAAGAGGGUUGUUAA